UAUCUGUGUAUCUGUUGAUAUCGUUAGACGUAUUUGCAAACUCAUUCGAAAAAAGAACAAAACUAUCUUCGAUGAUUCAAUACGAAAACCAGCAUAAUGUCGGUAGUUUACACUCAAGGCGAAAGCGGGGUGCCGCGCGGGGUUGGGGAGAGUAUCUAAAAUACAACAAAGGUCACAGUAAGUUCACCAAUGUUAGAGAACUGGAUCUUCAGUCAGAACUUGAUUCAUCGAGAGGUACAAUCUAUAUGAGCUUUGGCACCAUCGUGAAUUCUGAGACAUUGCCUACGGACAAGCUGCGUAUGUUUCUGAAAGUGCUUGGUGAGCUGCCCUACGAUGUAUAUUGGAAAUGGAAUGGUGAUGUUGGAACGGUGCCAAGCAAUGUUAAAGUGAGGAAGUGGUUCCCUCAGGCGGAUCUACUGAGACAUGAAAAGGUAGUGUUGUUCAUAACACAAGGAGGUCUGCAAUCAAUCGAUGAAUCUAUCGAGGCGGGGGUACCAAUGUUGUGUAUACCCAUUAUGUGGGACCAGUGGUACAACGCUGCAAGAAUCUCCAAACUCAAUAUUGGAGUACAGUUGAACAUUCGAGAAGUAACUGAGCAGCAGUUUAAGGAAGGAAUCCUAAAUAUUAUGCAGAACAAAAGUUACCGGGAGAACGUGAUAAAACUUCGAGAGCUGUAUCAUGACAAACCGCUCACUUCUCUGGAGACGGCAGUUUGGUGGAUAGAGCACGUAAUACGACACAAAGGCGGGAAACAUUUGAGAUCUGCCGCCUUCAACAUGGCGGCCACAGAAUAUUAUGAAAUGAAUCUUGUGUUGUUUAUGGUUGUGAUUUUGUUGUCGUCUGUGGUUGUUUUUUAUUUGUCCUUGAGAUUUGUGAUUGAUUUACUUAGACGUAGUAAAAUAAAGAAGGACUAAUAUAAUUUUGUAAAACGUAAUAUUUCAUGAUGUUCAAAUAAAACCAACUCUUAAUCAAUGUGAAAGCUGUAAUAAAAAUAAUUUUAAAAGAUCA